GCUCUGCCCUGACUCUUCCAUUGGACUACUAUAAACAUAUCCCACAAGAGAAGAAGUACGCGUCCACGGUAAAGUUGGACAGAUCUUACUUUCUUGCCCCAUUGACUGUUUUUGGAGUUUCGUGCGUCUUCGUGCUCAACUGCACAGUUCAACUUGGAAUUAUGUUUCUGCGGGAAGUUUGAGACUGCGACAGUUCUGCAACCUUUUUGUUCAAGAAGAUUUUGAUAUGAUAGUCUAAGUGAAAUGGCCCUUAUUCGCUCACGGUGAACACAUUUGACGCCAAGCCCGAGACUUUAUGAGGAUAAUCGAUCUUCUCUGAGCCUCACCCACCGAGUAAAACUUUUUUUCAGCAAGAAGAAACAGAGCUCGGCAUGUAGCGCUGUAGACCUGGCUCCACUUCAUCAAGACCCACUCCACAGUCUGCUUCUCCUCUCUGGACACCUUUGGGAAUGGGCCAGCACAUUGCCAGGGUGCCUGUCUCCGCCCGGUGGUGUGGCUGGCGUCGUGCGAGAGUGAGGAGGGCAGCGGUCACCCUAUAGACCCUCCUCAGACUCUCUCUCUUUCACUUUUUCUUUUGACUUCUUCACCUCUGACCUUUGACCUUUUGACCCGGCCCAUCGUGACUCUGUAGUAACCCCCGCUCCUUUCCCUGGCGUGGCGCUCAGCCAUGCCCUUCCGGCUGAAGCUACGGCGCACGCGUCGCUACAAUGUCCUGAGCAAGAACUACUUUGUGACGCGGAUCCAACUCCUAGACAACACAGUGAUCGAGUGCACGCUGUCAGUGGAGAGCACGGGGCAGGAAUGUCUGGAGGCUGUGGCACAAAGGCUGGAGCUGAGAGAGACCCACUACUUCGGGCUUUGGUUCCAAGGAAAGACCCAUGCCCCGAACCAUCGCUGGGUGGAGCUGGAGAAACCACUCAAGAAGCAACUGGACAAAUAUGGCAACGAGCCGCUCCUCUUCUUUGGAGUGAUGUUCUAUGUUCCCAAUGUGUCUCUGCUGGAGCAAGAAGUCACCAGGUAUCAGUAUUACCUUCAGCUGAAGAAGGAGGUGCUGGAUGGUCGUCUCCACUGCACAGUUGAGCAGGGCAUCAGACUAGCGGGACUAGCAGUACAAGCUGACUUCGGAGACUACACUCUCUUCAAGUCUCAGGACUUCCUCAGGGAAUACGUGCUGUUCCCUGUGAAUUGGCCAAAUGGAGAUGAAGUCUUGGAGGAGUGGACGCAGAAAGUCGCUGAAGAGCAUAAGAGUCAUUGUCAAAUGCAGAUUCCAGAGGCAGAGCUGAGGUACAUCAGGGAAGUGGAGAAACUGGAUGGAUUUGGUCAGGAGAGCUUCCCCGCUAAGGACAACUACACAAAUGACAUUUUCAUCGGUGUGUCUUUUAUUGGAGUGUUUGUCAAACACAGAAAUGGGAGAUCGAUCAUGCUUCACAGAUGGAAAGACAUUGGGACUAUAGCACACAACAAAUCAGCCAUCACAGUGGAGAUAACGAGUCGAGACGACACUAUAAUUUUUCACAUGGAGGAUAUGGAAAUGGCAAAGUACAUUUCUCGCCUUUUCACGUCCCGACAUAAGUUCUACAAACAAAACAAGAUCUGUGCAGAGCCCACUCACUCCCCUGCACCAAUUCGAAGGCGCUCCACCUGGACACAUCGCCUUUCUCUGCCGCGGCCACAGUCCUGCAAUUUCCAGUCGAUGCGCUCACAAUAUGGAGAGCACUAUCAAGACACACAAAGCUCACAAGACAGUAUAUUUCCUGAUGACCCCUACUACAAAUCAGAAACCAGCCUUGACAUUUGCCAAAUGGACUUCCCCUACCGCAAUGGCACAGUUCCCAAUGGGAGCAUGUAUAGCAGUCCCAGCCUAAGCUCCCUGAACCACUCACAGACAUUCAUCCCCCCAUCGCCCAUGUCCUCCAACUUAAGCAUCCCGGGAAGUGAGCUGAUGCGGCCCGACUACCUCCCCAGCCACCGCCACAGUGCCAUCAUCGCCCCAUCGUACAGACCCACACCUGAAUAUGAAGCUGUGAUCAGACAGAAGAGGCGCAUGCUACCAGCCCAUCAAGACCUGCACAGCCAAUCACUGCGCAGCCUCAACAUCAGUAAUGCAUGUGCUUACAGACAGCCCGAGGUUCUGGUGUACAGUCAACCGGAGAUGAGGGAGAGGGGGCCGUAUCCUGGUUGUCCCGGACCCUACACAGCACAGAUCAGCUACAGUAAACCGGUGUCCCACGGGCCUCAUCAGGGAGGCCCUGCCAACUCACCAAGCCCUGCUGCGGUCUGCGUCAACGGAGGAGGCGUCAGCGGCAACGGAGGGGGAGUUGCAAGUGCAAUCUCCCACACUGUCAGCACACCUGAGCUAGCUAACACCAAACAAGGACCUAAUACACAAAGCUACGCUGCUACAGCUAACAUGCUAAGGAACCACUUGUCGCGGCCCCCUCCUCCGUACCCCUCUAACUCUUUCAGGCCUGCUACCAGCACCCCAGACCUGGCCAGCCACAGACUCAGGUGCAUUGGAGGUAGCAGUCCUGAAUUAGUCACCCGCAUGGUUCAGCUAUCGGUCAAGACUUUUCAACCUGAUAGCUCGGCCGUAGUACACCAGUCUCUGCAGGAGGCCAGUGAACCGCUAACGGCAGCAGCUAAGCACCGCUCCACUCUGGGAAAAAGACACAGCAUGGAGGUGAUAAGCAGCAUGAGGGCAGGAGGCAUGGAGGGAAUGGUCAUGAAGAGUAUGAACGCUCCAUUGCUGCGACGAAAUACUCUCCGAGAACAUGUUAUACCACCUCAGUCCCAAGCCAUACCCCAGCCUCCCCCUCCCCAGCCACCUUCCUCACAGCAGAUAAAGGAUGUCCCAAAACAGAUUCCUGUCCAGAAAUCCCCUGAAACUCCUGCCACUGCUCCUGUCACCUACCAGCAUCAAAAGACCCUCUCCAACGCCACAAUGCUCAUUCAUAGCAGUGAGAGUGAGGAGGAGGAGGAAGAGGAGAGGCCUGAGCUGGACGUUCAAAUCCCAGGUUUGAAUGAAGACAUCAGCAUCAGCGCUCAGCUACAGGCUGCUCUGGCUAAGUUACCAAACAAACCUCCACCGGAGUAUCCAGGUCCCCCAAGGCCACCCAGCACAGCCCAAAUGCGCCCUUCCAACCACCACCACAACCACAAUCAGGCCAACCAGACCCCCGUGGACCUUAAUCAAGUCCAAAGUAGAGCACUUAAAGGUGGGCCGAGCCAUAACUCGGUGCCUAAUGGAGAUGACGGUAGAGAGGGUGCAGGUGGGACACUGACACGGGGCGACCAAAGUGGAGUAAACGGGGGUGUUUUGGGACCCUCCAUUUCGGAACCGGACCUGACCUGCGUGAAGGAGCGAGUGAGGAAGGAGCCGGUGAAAGAGAGGCCCGUUUCGGAGAUGUUCUCCCUGGAGGACAGUAUUGUGGAGAGGGAGAUUGCGCAGAGGACGCUGGAGAGGCAGAAGAUGUCUGUGGACUCCGUAAAGAGGCCUCUGAUGAUGGCUGGUCUGAAUGGGCUAUGUGUGGCCCGGAUGCCUGUCCCUGAGAACCCUGCGGAGGACAGCACCAAAUCUGCAACUGAUGAGAGGUGUAAGACUUUGGAACUGAAGCUGGAGGACGACCAGGUCUUCACUGAGUAUGAGCAGGUGCCCAAGAAGAGGUCCGACUGUAUUGUAACUACGGCGACUCUCCCUGAAAAUACUGAACGUAACCGAUUUCGGGAUGUUGUUCCCUAUGAAGACAACCGAGUGGAGCUGGUUCCAAACAAAGAGAAUAAUGCGGGUUAUAUCAAUGCCUCACAUAUAAAGAUGGUGAUCAGAGGGGAAGAGUGGCACUACAUUGCCACCCAGGGCCCACUGGCCAACACCUGUGCAGACUUCUGGCAGAUGGUCUGGGAGCAGGGGGUCAACGUUAUUGCCAUGGUUACCGCUGAGGAGGAGGGUGGUCGCUCCAAGAGCCAUCGCUACUGGCCCAAACUGGGCUCCAAGCACAACUCUGCCACUCACGGCAAAUUCAAGGUGACCACCAAAUUCCGAACUGACUCCGGCUGCUAUGCCACCACAGGGUUAAAGGUCAAACACCUGUUAUCAGGACAGGAGAGGACUGUAUGGCACCUACAGUACACAGACUGGCCUGAGCAGGGCUGUCCCGAAUACGUCCAGGGAUUUAUCUCUUAUUUGGAGGAGAUUCAGUCUGUAAGGAGACACACCAACUCUAUGCUGGACACGUCCAAGAGUCUUAACCCCCCAGUGGUGGUGCACUGUAGUGCUGGAGUGGGCCGCACCGGAGUGGUGAUCCUCACUGAACUCAUGAUCAGCUGCCUGGAGCACAAUGAGCCCAUGGAGGUCCCAGUUAUGCUGGCUAAACUGAGGCAGCAGAGGAUGCUUAUGGUGCAGACAAUCUCCCAGUACAAAUUUGUCUACCAAGUCCUUAUUCAUUUCCUCAAGAAUUCCCGUCUCAUCUGAGAGUGGCCAUCUGAGAUUCAUCCAAAUGUGGUACUUGAUUUACUGUAAAACAGACUUAUUGUAUGUGUAAUACAUCAUUGAAUAGAGGAAAAUUUAAUUAGUUCUAAUCAGAAAUUAUUCUGCCUGUGUUCACACUGGUUUGGUGAAUAAGCAGGGUGUUUUGCCAGGAGAUACAAGUGUGUGUGUGUGUGUGUGUGUGUGUGUGUGUGUGUGUGUGUGUUUUUUAUAUUUCCAAUGUUUUGACUGGCGCAGAAUGGUAGUAAGUUACAUGGACAGUAGGUGGCAGCAGUAUUACUGCUAUAAUUUGUUGUAUGUACAUACACUCUACAAGAGUCAACUAAAGUGUUAUAAUACACAAUACAAUACCAUUUAUCUCUAUUUGGUAUUAAUCCAUAUAUUUUUGCCAGUAAAACAUGUUUUUUUGUUUUAUUUAUUUCUGCUCUCUCCCCAUAACAUGACUGUCAAAUUGUCUAUUUAAAUCCUAUAAGCUUUUCAACUUUAAGUCUUAAUAAUUAUUCUACUCUUCUUUUCUGUGUAUGUGGGUGCAUACACUCUGUACAUAAUAAGUACCCAAAUAAUCAUGUUGUGUCCAGUUUCUCAUGACCUUCUGUUCUGCUACAAUUAAGUUUUUUGUUUGAAAACAUUGUAUAGAAAUUCAAUGUUUACAUUUGCAGCCUGCAUAGAAAGAUGCAGUCAUAGCAUAUAUGCAUAUGUGCAUAUGUACACCAUAUAUGCACCAUAUAUGAUGUGUUGUACCUUAUGAAUCUGAAGAGGCUGCAAUGAUGUCCCAGCUCUGUGAGUUUGGAGAGAGAGGUCCAUCUUUUUACCUCCAAAGUUGAAACAUUUUUUUCAGUGUUUAAGAAUUUGUGUAAACAACAGCUUAAUGUAGCUGUGUUUAUUAUGUUUUUGUUUUUUUAAAUGAGAAAGAAACAUUUUUUAAUAAGGCCAUGCCAUUUGAUUUGAUGGCAAUCCCAACCUUUAACAUUUUUAUGUUGUGAAAUGUUCAGCAAAACUAGUCAUGUCCAAAGUAACUUUGUAAAUAUUAGGCACAGGACAAAAAAGAUUUCUAAAUGUUUUAUAUAAAUAUAUAUUUUCUUUUGACUUGGUACCAUAAAUACUGCAAAAUAAUAAACUAUGCAUGCCUUUUUAUUUCACUGUAUAUAAUCUUGUUUGUUAGCCUUAUGAGCCCAGGGCUCCCUUGACAUUAAAGUGUUGUUGCACUUCUAUUGUUGACAGUAUUUUCUCACAGCAUUCCACUGCUUGUUUUUAAUUUAUCCCUUAUCUUUUUCUAUUUUGGCAAAACAAAAUAUUUUCAGACUAUAUGUAAAUAUGUUUUGUAUAUUCUAUUUCAUUGCGUAACUCUUCCUUGCCCAAAUACUGAAUGUAUGAAGCUGUUUUACCUGCUUAUUAUGCAAUAAAUCCCUAUUUUCUUU